AUGGAUGACAGAGCGGAAGAAUCGGGAGUCAUAUGGAAAGAUGCUCCCGAAUCAACAAUCCACGCGGAUGUACCUAAGGAUUGGCUCGAUGUGGCCACUGGAGGAUGCGUGGAUGCCCAUGAAUUUUUGAAUUUCUUGUUGAAUGAGAUUGUCGAUAUUCUGGAAAAAGAGUUUAGUACCGUGAAGGAUUCUCCUGAAAGCACAUCCCCUGGAAGGGCGGCAAAUGGGGAAGUUUAUCAUUUAGCCAAUGAAGUUCGAAGGGAGCCGCUGGUUACAUGGGUCCACAAGAAUUUUCAGGGUAUUUUGACCAAUGAAACAAAGUGCCUGAUGUGUGAGACUGUCACCGCAAAGGAUGAGACAUUUUUAGAUUUGAGCAUCGACAUUGAACAGAAUAGUUCACUAACAAGCUGCCUGAAGAGUUUCUUUUCCACCGAGAUUUUAAAUGCCGAGGACAAGUUUUUCUGUGACAACUGCUGCAGUUUGCAAGAAGCACAGAAGAGAAUGAAGAUAAAAAAGGCGCCGCAAAUAUUGGUGAUCCACUUAAAGCGCUUCAAGUUCAUUGAACAGCUGAGUCAGCACAAGAAACUGUCAUACCGAGUGGUAUACCCCAUGGAGCUGAAGCUGAGCAGUGCCUCUCAUGAUGUGGAUUGCGAAUACUCACUCUUUGCUGUGGUAGUCCACGUUGGGAACGCCGCCAACCACGGACAUUAUGUAAGCCAGAUUAAAAGCGGCGACCACUGGCUGUCAUUUGACGAUGACAGUGUCGACAAGAUUCAGGAGUCAACCCUGCAAACGUUCUAUGGUUCUUCUCGCGAAUAUUCUCGCAACAGCGAUCAUGGCUACAUCUUGUUCUAUGAGAGCGUAGCAAAGAGCUAG